AUGAACGCGUUCUACUGGGCUAGUUUUCUUUCUUUUGCGCUCACAGCAAGCACAGCCUCACCAAACAGCUGCAAGGCAGACGCCGACUGCCAGGUGGCCAGCAUAACAGGCGCCCACAGCCUUUUCUGUGUGGAAAAUCAGUGUGUUCAGCUAAAGCCGCCCGGGACAUUAUGCAGCUCGCCAAGCGAGUGUGCGUCCUACCCCUUUUUUGGGCCUCUUGCAUGCACUGACAAGUGUCUGGGCGGCUUCUGCUGCCGCUACAUACCCAACGGGGCAGCCUGCAGCGAAAACAGGCCCGCCGGUGUAAACGGGUGCACCUCCGGGUUUGUGUGCUCCGCAAAGGAGACAGGCCCUGUCUGCGCGCCCUCGUUUAGCAAGUUCUGGAUACUGGGGCCGAUUCUCUCUGUCACCGGAAACCUAUUCAUAAACAUAGGGCUGAACCUGCAGAAAAAGUCAUAUGUGACCGAGAGAGGCGUCUUUCUUGGGGUGAGCGUAAGCCUGUUUGCGCUUGGUAUAGCCUCGUACAUACUUGGGAAGAUUUCUGGGUUUACCUCGUAUGUCUUUGGAAACCAGUCUCUUAUGACAUCGCUUGGUGCAGUCGGGCUCAUAGCCAACAGCAUCUUUGCGCCCAUGAUCAAUGGCGAGGUGUUCACCAUAUACGACUUUCUUUGCAUAGUGUUUGUGCUUUUGGGGUCCUCUUUGAUCCUCUCCAACGCAGGGUCUGGAAAGCGAGAGUACACGCUUCUGAGCCUUUUGCAGAACUACUUCGAGUUUGGCACGUUCAUGUGGUUUGUUUUUCUGCUGAUGGUUAUUCUGUCUUUGCUCAUCCUGUGCACAGUUGUAGAAGAAAACAGCGACUGGAAAAUAGGAAGCACCGCUCCGUGGGUUAACCUGGACAGAAAGUUUAGCAAAAACGGGCCCUGCCUGAAGUACUUCAUGCUGUUCGCGUACGUGGGCAUGUCUGCGUGUAUUGCGUCGUUCACCACGCUGUUUGCAAAGAGCUUUGGCCUAAUGAUCUCGCUCACAAUUUCGGGCCAGAACCAGUUUUUGGGCUUUGGCCCGUACUUUUUCGGCGCCCUUAUAUUCCUGUGCACGGUUGGGCAAAUAUACUGGCUCAACAAGGCUCUGAAAAGAUACGACGCCCUGCUGGUGAUUCCGGUAUUCCACAUUCUGUGGACGCUCACGAGCAUCACGACAGCAGGAAUAUACUUCAAAGACUUUUCCAUGUUUACCUCCACGCAGUUCAACUACUUUAUUCUAGGGCUUGUUACAAUAUUCCUAGGGUCAACAUUCCUUACUUUCCGAAUGCUGGGGAAGGACAGCCCCUCGACAGAAAACGCACAGCUCACCAUAGAGACCAAGCAGAAAUAG